AUAAACAUAAUCAUAUUCAUAUUCAUCCUAUCCACAUCCCUAAGCAUUAUCCUAACCACCCUAAACUUCUGAUUAGCCCAAAUUAACCCAGACUCAGAAAAACUAUCCCCAUACGAAUGCGGAUUCGACCCCCUAGGAUCCGCCCGCUUACCAUUCUCAAUCCGCUUCUUCCUAGUAGCCAUCCUAUUCCUACUAUUCGACCUAGAAAUCGCCCUACUACUACCCCUACCAUGAGCAAUCCAACUUCAAUCCCCCACCACCACCCUAAUAUGAGCCUCCACACUAAUUCUCUUACUAACACUAGGACUCGUAUACGAAUGAACCCAAGGAGGACUAGAAUGAGCGGAAUAA